AUGGGAGCCCUCAUCUGCCCCCCUGCCUUGCUGACUGACCGAGCAAAGGCCUGCCUGGGCAAGCCGGCCCCUGUGUGUCGGAAGGGGAAGGGGAAACGGCACCGCAGCAAAGCCGGGAGGAAAAGGAAGAAGAAGAAGAGCUCAAAGGCCUUGCCGCAGGUGGGCGUGGCACUGGCCAAACCCCGCCCCAGGACCCCCGAGCAGGAGAGCUGCACAGUCCCCGUGCAGGAAGAUGAGUCUCUACUCGGCUCCUCAUAUGCGAGGAGCACCCCCCAGUUCCUCCAGCCUCUGAAGGAGCCAAGCCAUGACCCACUGUGUGUGAAGAAGCUCGGGGAGGGCCAACGGCCAGCUCUCCCUCGGUCGGAACUCCACAAGCUCAUCAGCCCCCUGCAGUGUCUGAACCAUGUGUGGAAACUGCACCACCCCCAGGACGCCGGCCCCCUGCCACAGCCCGCUCACCCCUUCCCCUACAACAGACUGCCCCAUCCCUUCCCAUUCCACCCGCUCCAGCCCCGGAAACCACACCCCCUGGAGUCCUUCCUGAACAAACUGGCCUGUGCAGACAGCCAGAAGCCCUUGCCGGGCCCACCCCGGGAGCCCAGCGGCCCGCCACGUGGCCCCAGCGACAAGUUUUCCGUGGAAGAAUAUCUGGUGCACGCUCUGCAGGGCAGUGUCAGCUCCGGCCGGGCUCACAGCCUAGCCAGCCUGGCCAAGACCUGGGCAACAGGAGGCCCCAGUCUGCGGGGACCCAGCCCCGACACGGAAGACAGCGAGGGUGUUCUGCUUAAUGAGAAACUCAAGCCGGUGGACUAUGAAUACCGAGAGGAGGUCCACUGGGCCAGACACCAGCCCCGCCUGGGCAGAGGCUCCUUUGGGGAGGUGCACAGGAUGGAAGACAAGCGGACGGGCUUCCAGUGUGCGGUCAAAAAGGUGCGGGUCGAGGUGUUCCGGGCAGAAGAGUUGGUGGCCUGUGCAGGACUGACCUCCCCCAGAAUUGUCCCCUUGUAUGGCGCUGUGAAAGAAGGUCCCUGGGUCAGCAUCUUCAUGGAACUACUGGAAGGUGGCUCCCUGGGCCAGCUCAUCAAGCAGAAAGGCUGUCUGCCGGAGGACCGGGCCCUGUACUACGUGGGCCAGGCCUUGGAGGGGCUGGCAUACCUGCACGCCCGGAGGAUUCUGCAUGGAGACGUCAAAGCUGACAACGUGCUCCUGUCUGGCGAUGGGAGCCGCGCAGCCCUCUGUGACUUUGGCCAUGCUGUGUGCCUUCAACCGCACGGCCUGGGGACGUCCCUGCUCACAGGGGACUACAUCCCCGGCACAGAGACGCACAUGGCUCCAGAGGUGGUGAUGGGCAAGCCCUGUGACCCCAAGGUGGACGUCUGGAGCAGCUGCUGCAUGCUGCUGCACAUGCUCAAUGGCUGCCACCCAUGGGCCCAGUACUUCCCGGGGCCACUCUUCCUGCAGAUUGCCAACGAGCCGGCCCCUGUGAGGGAGAUCCCCCCUUCCUGUGCCCCGCUCACUGCCCAGGCCAUCCGGGAGGGGCUGAGGAAGGAGCCUAUCCACAGAGCAUCCGCACUGGAGCUGAGGGGCAGGGUCAGCCUGGCACUGCAGCAAGUGGGAGGCCUGAAGAGCCCUUGGAGAGGAGACUAUAAAGAGCCAAGACACCUGCCGCCAAAGCAAGCCAACUCUCACCAGACCCUCUGCGCCCAGCCAAGGGGAACCUCACCAGGGGCGCCAGGGCCCCAGCCGGCAGAAGACGCAGCAGGCGGGGCUUCAAAGGCCCAGCCUCCUAUACCACCUGAACCCCCAGAGCCAAACAAGUCUCCAACCGUGAACUGGAGCAAGGAGGAGUCUGGGACAUGGGAGCCCUUACCUCUGUCCUCCCUGGAGCCAGCUCCCGCCAAAGGUGCCAACUCACCAGAGCGCAGAGCAACCUUCCCCGACCAGGAGCUGCAGCAGCUGGAGAUAGAACUGUUUCUGAACAGCCUGUCGCAGCCGUUCUCCCUGGAGGAGCAGGAACAGAUCCUGUCCUGCCUCAGCAUCGACAGCCUCUCCUUGUCAGAGGACAGUGAGAAGAACCCAUCGAAGGCCUCUCAGAGCUCCCGGGACACCCUGAGCUCCGGCGUGCACUCCUGGGGCAGCCAGGCAGAGGCCCGCAGCUCCAGCUGGAAUAUGGUGCUGGCCCGAGCACGGCCCACAGACACCCCAAGCCAUUUCAAUGGUGUGAGAGUCCUCAUCCAGUCCCUUAAUGGCGAACACCUGCACAUUCGGGAGUUCCACCGCGCCAAGGUGGGAGACAUCGCAACAGGCAUCAGCAGCCAGAUCCCAGCCACUGCCUUCAGCCUGGUGACCAAGGAUGGGCAGCCCGUGGGCUAUGACAUGGAGGUGCCAGACUCCGGCAUCGACCUGCAGUGCAUCCUAGCCCCUGACUGCAGCUUCACCUGGAGCUGGAGAGUCAAACACGGCCGCCUAGAGAACAGGCCCUAACCCGCCUUCCACCACCAACUCUGAUGUCGGAACAGCCUGCCCUCUGGGAGGCUUGGCCUGCUGUCCUGGCUCAGCAAAGGGACCAGCAGAUCAGGACUAGCACCACCACCCAGGCUCUCCUGCCUGAGCCCUGGCCAGCCCAGCCAAGGCACCAGGGUGAAGAAGAGGAGGAGGAGGAGAGCACAGGAUGUCUCCUUCUGGAACAAAGAGGGUCUCUGCCCUCGGGCCUGGCGAGCCAGCCGAGCAGGGCCUGCUCAGAUCAGCUAGCACUUGCUGGCAGCUGGGUAGGAGAAGCAGCAGCUUCCGGCGGGGUGGGAGCAGGGCUGCUCGACCUGCAGGCGGCCUAAGCCGGUUGAGAACCAGGGUGGCAAAGGUGCCUGCUCUUGGCUCAGUGGGGAACCGGCCUGCCCUGGCCUACCAGGACUGCGCUGCAGAGGAAGGAAGCCCUGACCCAGGGCCAGCGCCCUCGGACCCCCGCCUCACUUGGCAGCCUCUUGCACACAGGGCCGGACCAAGAGCCAAAGGUGUUUCUGUGGACCUGCUCUGGCCUAAGCACCCACGGGUGUGCUGGCAUCACAGCCCCCACUGCUGCCGGCCAGCUGCACUCACCUCUGGACCUGACCCCGAGACCCGGUGAUGCGAAGGGCUAAGGAGGGAGCACCAGAGAGACAAAGUUCAGGCAGUGUGGCCAUCACUGCCCAGCAAAGCCAUCUCCCCCCAGGCCGCGGCCCGGCCACGCCCACACGCUUGCCCUGCCCUGCCCACACGCUCGCCCGGCCAGGCCCUGUGCUUGGGGCUGUGUCACAGCUGCACUUUGAU